AUGCAAAAUUUAUCAUCGGCAUCAGCAGAAACAACUCGAAUUGAAGUGGAUGUAUCGGAGUUCUCUCGUGGUGAGAUUGCUGUUAAACUUCGACGUGAUAACACCCUACUUGUACACGCUCUACAUCUCGAUCAAUUUGCCGCAGACAACUUUUUUCGAAAAGAAUUAGUGAAAACAUUUCCUUUACCUGCCGGUGCUGAUGCUGAUAAAAUCCGUUCUGUUAUACGAAACACAGGUGUUUUAACAAUCGACAUACCCAUGCUACGCGAUAACGAUGCUAUACGACGUUCACAUGAAGAAUUAUUAAAAACAAUUGAUCAGCCAACGAAAGCAACUACAAACGAUUACAAUCGUUCGGCAUCGCAUGCCGAUGUUAUUAGUUCAAAUUACCAAUCGGCAAGAGCACGACCGUCGACAGUUCCCAAACGAACAAGUAGUCUAGGCGAUAUCGAAUAUCGUCAAAAUGCUAAGUAUUCGACAACACCAUUCAAUAUGGCCGACUUUCUACAAUCACAAUUUCGACCAACAUUUGCACCCAACGGCAAAAAAUUAAUCCUCAAAGUUGAUACACGUGGAUAUGAACCUGAUGAAUUAUCUGUACGUCUACUCGAUAAUAAUCUCUUGGUACAAGGCAAAAAGAAACAUUCACCAGGAAGUAAAAAACACGAAAGCAAACAAUUUAGUCAAAGUAUUCGUUUACCAGACGGAAUCGAUAAAUUUAAUGUGACAUCACAAGUCAUGGAUGAUGGUGUACUUGUCAUUAAUGCACCGUUAUUCGAUUCCGCGGUAAAUCGAUAA